AUGAACCUAAUUGAGGAAUCGAAAAAGAGGAUCUUAGUUAUUUUAGAAGAGGUGAACAAAUUGUCUGAUGUAGAAAAGCUGCUUCUAUAUCUCAAAUUGCCAAAGGGGACCAAUCAGCACCAACCUCAGUCAGGAUGUUCGGCGGGCAGCAGUCGGCAGGACCAGGCUAAUGCCAUCACGUGGAUUCGUAGCCACCUGGAGGAAGAUCCUGGAGUCUCAAUUCCCAAGCAUGAAGUGUAUGACAAUUACAAACUCUACUGUGAUACUCACAAACUGAAGGCGGUCUCACAGGCCGACUUUGGUAAGAUUAUAAAGUCGGUGCUGCCAAACAUUAAGCCGCGGAGGCUCGGCAACCGCGGCAACUCAAAGUACUGCUACGCUGGCCUACGCAAGACGAUCGACAUGAAAGUUCCCAGUCUGCCACCGAUCCACAUUCCUUCCUCUGCAGCUGCUGCUGCUGAGCGGGAGCUGAGCGUGGCUGCAUCGACCGUGAUCUCGGAAUGGGCGGCGAAGCAGCUUGGCCGGUCGUUCACUAGCCUGCAGCACAUAGCCGUCCACCUCAUCUCAAACAUGUACGUCGACGACCGUUCAAUGGCCGCCUUCACCGUGCUCAACGCAUCCGGCGGAGAGGAGGCGAAAGCAUCGCAUAUCGCUGCAGCGACGACGGACGCUUGCAAGUCGG